AUGAGCUCAGCAAACAAGGAUCCUCCGGAAGAACAGCCAGGAAAAUCUCUACUCGAGGUUUCUAGUCCAACUGAAAUUGAACCGAAAGAUUCGGAAGAAUCUUCGGAGCAGUUUACUCCAAUUUAUGAACCUAAUGAAGGUGUUCCUGAGAAAAGAACCGGAAGCUUCAGGCAACUGUUGUCUUCAGGAUCAUCGAUGGUUAAGGACACGUUAAAUGCUCUGCCUCAGUUUUUGUCGUUAACAGAGUUAUCUCAGACAUUAUCUCACGCAUCUCCUGAAGAUCGUAAUAGUUCAAAAAGAUACCGACGAGAGAAACCUGAAAAUGCCCCCAUCAACGAUUCUGACGAUGACGACGAUGCUGUAGUGUUUUCAAGUGAUCCAAAAUUGGAAACGGUUACGUUACAACAAUUGGGAGGCGUUUCGUUUGAAGGAAGAGAAAUCAAAGAUGAUAAAACUAUGAAUCCUGGUUAUAUAGUUGUCAUACCUACACACAUAUGCUUUUUACGGGCAAUAAAAAACAAAGAUAGCCAAUAUACAUUGAUUGGUCGAUAUCCAUUGAAUACAAUAACUCGUAUAGCAUGCAAACGACAAGUGCCUGAGUUAUUAAGUUUCACUAUCGGGUUUGAAGAGAAUGGAAAAAUAACAACAACUGCUACUCAUCAGUUUAUCAUGCGACAAGCUGGAGAGUGUGCUAAAGCAGUCAAAGACGGAGUAAUUGCAUUAAUGAUGAAAAGUGAUCCUCUAGCCAUGUAA